AUUUUAGAGGCCAAUCCCCUGUUGGAGUCCUUUGGUAAUGCAAAAACUAUCAAAAAUGACAACUCAAGUCGCUUCGGCAAAUAUAUUGAAGUGUUUUUUAGUGGCGUCCUUUGCGAAUGGCAAGUAGGACGUAAGGGUGGUUCUGAUGGCUUAAUUGUGGAAAAUCAAUCGGAAAUCAAAUUAGCAGCUAAGUUGUUACAACUUCCACAAGACCUUCUUUCCAGAGCAGUCACAUACAGACUCACAGAAACCAGAGAUGAGCAAAUUCUGACUCCAUUAACAUAUGAACAAGCAUGUGAUGCAAGAGACGCAAUAUCCAAAUCCCUCUAUGCCAGAUUAUUUACAUGGCUGGUGGAAAGAAUCAAUUCAAUUAUAUCUAAAGGCCAGAGAAUUACUUCCAUUGCAAUUUUGGAUAUCUUUGGAUUUGAGGUUUUCAGAGUGAAUAGUUUUGAACAAUUUUCUAUCAACUAUGCUAAUGAGAAUCUACAGUACUAUUUCAACAAACAUAUAUUCAAACUAGAACAGCAAGAAUAUACUCGUGAGAGGAUACCCUGGACACAGAUCUCUUUUAAUGACAAUCAACCAUGUUUAGAUUUAAUUUCUAAACGACCUAUUGGAAUUAUUCACCUUCUUGAUGAUGAAAGUUGCUUUCCAAAGGCAAGUGACAAUUCCUUUCUGGAGAAGUGUCAUCAUCAGCAUUCUGGGAAUCCCUAUUAUAUUCGGCCCAAAAUGCCAGGUUCUGAGUUUGGAGUCAAUCAUUAUGCUGGUCCUGUCACAUAUCAAGUUUCAAAGUUUUUGGAUAAAAACAGAGACCAUCUCAGAUCUGAUGUUGUAGAGAUGUUGAUUGAAAGUAAAUCACCGGUAAGUCUUGAUGUGUAA